CACAACAUCAUAGGAUACUGAUAGGGCAGUGAGAUGGGGUAUUAAUUUCAAGAGAAAUAAUAGACCUGUAAUGUAAUAACUCAACAUAAAUCACUUUCGAAUCCCUGUCAAGUGCUGAUCAGAUAUUCCAAGUUCAAGACCAGAGUGUAUAGUAAACAUUGAAAUGAAGUCAAGUAGUUAGAAAAAAAAAAGGUGCAGUAGUUGCAAAUUUAGUGCUUUAAUUGCAAGCACAUGAAUACAAUGACAGCAUCACCACCCAAUCCUUCAAGCAGGCCAACGCUCUUCAGUUUAGAUAAAGGACCAAAGGUAAAGAAUUCAUGAGAAACACCAGGUAAAAUGCAAAGCCAAAUGACCACCCAGACUCAGAGCAACUCCCCUACCAAGACAAGAGGAAAAUCCACCUCUCUUCAUCCACAACCACAAGCCUCUUUUUUGACACCAACCAAACAAAACAUGGAUAAAUCCAGCACCAUAGCCACAAAAACCCCUGAAGAAAUCGCUGCACAUAGUCCUCUAGAAAUAGGUACCAAAGGCACAGUUGGAUCCCUUGUAAUGAAAGAAAUCGAGUACUUCAGCCAGCUUGAAUUAAGCUGCCAAGGUAGCUCACAGAAGCCUCAAUUCCAUAAUACAGACAUGGCUUCCUCUAGUGCUCGUUCCAGACCCACCUUUGAAUCUGUGAUAGCAAGCCAAAAGAAGAAAAAGAGAGGCAGCAGGCUCCUACCAAAUAUAUGUUCUAUGGUGGAAGUUGCAGACAACAAUCGGCCAACCGGGACUUCUGGUUUCAGUUACAGGAACCUUAAAUCUGAUCUGAAGAAGUUGCAGGCCUAG